AUGGAAGAACCCCCAUGGAAAAGGCUCAGGCUGUCCCUCGAGAGACCUUACAAAGAUGAUGCCGGCCAGCCCAUCCCAGCCCUGCUCGAUAUUACCCCAGAUGGACAGUACGUCCACGAGCCAAAGGAAGACGCCGCUGCCCAGGUAGGAGAGAAUCUUCGCAGGAUAUUUCUCGAGCGUGGUCUCGACUUCUUCGACAAGAGGAAGCAUGAGCGCGACAUGAUCAUGGAGCCGGAUGUCCAUGUUGAGGAUGAAGGCGAAGGGAACUUUCACGAGAAGGAAGAGCCCGAAGGUCUCAAGCAGCCAAUGACUCCAGAGGAGUUGUUCAAGAUGCGCAUGGAGAUAUUGCCACAGCUCCACAUUGCAUUUGGUGAGAUGUCACAAGCGCGUGAUCUACUUUCCCUCUUACUCGCGGCGACGAUGCCGCCUGAGGCGGCACCUAGUUUAGCACUUGAUGCACAACCUAGCUCACAGCCACAGCAGUCGACGUUGACUGCCACAGUUGUUACCAAGCCACCCCCAAUAUCUUCUGUGCGAGCUUUUAAUGCGCAGCUUGUCGUGGGAGGAAAAGACCGGGCACUUAGACAAGCAGCGGAUCUCUUCAAGUUUGCCGCAGAGAAGAUGGAGUCUGGCCGCUUGAGGAGCGAGACGUAUUGGGUCGAUGCACUCCGAAUCCGAAGAGGAAACUGGGGUCUUGUCCCGGCACCACUGCCACUUGGCUCUGCAACUGGCAAGGGCGCCGACAAGACUUCCAAGGAUUUCCUCAUUUCAUUCGGCAUGGAAGAAUCUCCGCCGCUUUUCAGACGAAGAGCUAUCGCUCGCAUCCCCACGUUGGGAAUUGACGGAAAUGCUCUCGAGUUCCCUUUAAGGCAGCGCACUCGGCUGCAUGUGUCAGUCAUCACGACGGGCGCAUCUGGGUCUCGUCACUCUGUUCGGAAUGUCAUCAAAAUCAUCGACAAUACGUCUCUAGAAGGCUCACUACGUGCCGCCCAGGCGGAAGUUGUUGAGCAAGAGAUAUUUUCAGCUCUAAUCAAGGAAGCUAGCACCCUCCCAACUGCAUCCGCUCGUGUUUCAGAAAGGCUGAUUGUAAUUGAAGCGGACCAAGGGACGGACUUGCAGUUCGAACUUAUUGACGAGGGCGCUGUGCUGCCGUCACCUUUCCCAGGUAAUGGAUCUGAUGUAUGCGAUCUGAUAUUCGCGGCGCUGCAUGUCCUAUUGCUCCGAGCUCACGCACUUGUGAAAGCGGAACGCUUGAGGCGUAUUGGAAGUCGGACGUCAGCCCCACUCGGUAUAAUUCAGCCACCUCCAAUAUUGCAGCCCGUCAUCGACAUGAUGCAAUACAGGGCAUUUUGCGAUCGAGUGUAUUCGGAGAUCAACAGGAAAGUGCAGGCGUUGAGGCAGGCAGGAGUACCUGCAAGUCUUCAGUUUGAAGCUGUCGGUGGCAGCGGAGAGGAAUUUAUCGCACACUUGCGGGAAAACAGGGCCAGGCCAAUAGGUGGGCAAGCCCUAAUCCGUAUUGACAACCGACAUUCCCUUCGGUUCACGUUCCUCUCACCGUCCAUGCUCAUCGCGCAUCUUCCCCAAGCCACCAUGGGUAUCGCUUCAAUACCGCAACUUUCCCAACUUCUCGGUGAUGAGAUGGGCGCGUGUCUCCUCAAGGGAAUAUGCGAUAUUGGCACAGAACGCUGUGGUUCUGUGAACGGUACAUGGUUCGUCGACACACUCACUGGGCGGGGCGUUGGGCGGUGGGAAGGCUGCGUUCUGUGA